AUGCACGUUCGUUCUCUCAGUGUUUUGCUCGUUGUGGCCGUCGCAGCAGCGUCCGGCGAGAGUUUCGAGGGCAACCUCCGCGUCUUGUACAGAUCUCUUGAAAAGUGCAAUGAAAAGGGCAACGAUCUCGGGACCUGCCUCAGGCUGAAAGCUGUCACCAUGUUGGACAGGGCGCUCGACUCGGAGAGCCCGGUGGUCAUCAACGACUUCCUCUCGCUCACCCCGGACAAAAACGCACCGCGGAACGAAACUGCCCGCUCCGAAUCGGAAAUCUCUUCCAACCUACCUGCCGAUCCGGAAAAGAAGGAUUCUAAAUUGGACGAGAUGAUCGCCGACAAAAUGACCAGGUUCCUCCAGUCGCGAUCUCUUCAGUUCACAGUACCAGCAGCUGAUAUCGUCGAAGGAAGGAAGAAAAGCAAGAAAGGAGGACCGAUACUGAUGGCAGCUCUUGCCAUGGGAGGAAUGAUGGUGCAGAUGGCGAUGGGCAAGAUCGCUCUUCUGGCCGGCAAGGCAUUGCUGAUCGGCAAAAUGGCCCUUCUACUUUCCGCCAUCAUCGGUCUCAAGAAACUAGUCGGCGGAGGCGGAGGCGGAGAAUCCCACCAGGUCGUCUACGCCGAGGGACACGGAGGCGGGCACAGCGGCGGUGGCUGGGGAAGGAGUUACGAACGCGAAGUGGCUCAGGAUAUGGCAUACCACGCUCAAGCCAGGUCUCAAUGAUGAUGUCCAGUAAAAAGAAGACUUUUUGAUUUCGGGUCGGCAAGGCUCAAUUGGAACUAUUCCCAAACAUGGGUCAUCCUACAAGCUAGAAAUGCCAAAAAAUUGUAUUUAUUUAUUUAUUAAAUCUUAAUUUAUUGAAUUUAUUUUUACCCUUCACUACUUCUUCUUCCUUCUAUUGAAUGUUGCAAA